GUUUUGUAGAUAGUGCUCUUGCAGCAUAUAUUCGUGGAAAGGCAACGGAACUGCAUUUGUGCGUAGGACCGGGUAUAUAUUACAGACUUAGAAUCACUGAAUAUGAAAAAACAGCCAAUGCAAAUCGAGCAGCACCUUCUUCUGACUCUCAUCUUCUUUUGCUAUUGCAACUGCCAAAGUGGUGAUGGCAACGAACAAGACGAUAAGGGUGUCAAGGCGAUAUAUGUUAAAAAAUUACUCAAUGGGACUGAACCACUAAUUGUACGCUUGAGUAAUGAGGGACGAAUCGAUCAUCCUAUAUGCUGGUGGUCUCUGAAGAGCACAAAGCCGGACGUGGGAUUUCAACAUAAUUUAACAUACUUCAGAAAGGAUGACCAGGGCCGGAGAAAGCGCGGAUCCUGGCAAGUACGAAAUACAACCUACUAUGUCAGUCGGAAGAAUGGACCGCCGACCAUCCGUGUUAGAGCGUACAAUGGCACUGGCCAGCUGGAUACAGAUGUGUCCAGAUUGUAUACCAUACUCUUCUCAAGCCCAUUCUGUUUUGUAAUGAGUACCCCGCUGAAUCACGCAGCUCCUCUCGCAACGGGGCCAAUGCUACGCGCAAGUUACCAGGUGAUUUUGACACCAAUAUAUGUUUAUAGCAGCUCAUCUUUUAAUACAUACUGAAGAGCCAUGGGUCUC